AGACGACACCGUAUUCUAAAAGGAGAACCAAUUUUAUUCAAUACUGUCUCGGUGGUAAGGCGCGGGCGCCGCAUCAAAGUUCCGUUGUGUAGAACUCGUGGUUGGAGCUGGAAACCAUUCGCUUGCAUUCGACUGUAAUUUGCAAUUGUAGCUGAGGCCCGAAAGGCGAUUCCGUAAGCAGAGAGUUGCAAUUCAAAUGGGGAAGAAGACGAAGAAACCCGGGAAGGGAAAAGAGAAGACUGAGAAAAAAACAGCCAAAGCCGAGGAAAAGAGAGCUCGUAGGGAGAGUAAGAAGCUCUCUCCCGAGGACGACAUUGAUGCAAUUCUCUUGAGUAUACAAAAGGAGGAAGCGAAGAAAAAGGAAGUUCACGUUGAGGAGAAUGUCCCUGCGCCAUCUCCUCGGUCCAAUUGUUCGUUGACUAUCAAUCCCUUAAAAGAAACAGAGUUGAUCCUUUAUGGAGGUGAAUUCUACAAUGGUACUAAGACAUAUGUCUAUGGUGAUCUGUAUCGGUACGAUGUUGAGAAACUAGAGUGGAAAGUAAUUUCAAGUCCGAAUAGCCCGCCUCCUCGUAGUGCUCAUCAAGCUGUUGCCUGGAAGAAUUAUCUCUAUAUUUUUGGUGGAGAGUUUACAUCUCCUAACCAAGAGAGGUUUCAUCACUACAAGGAUUUCUGGGUACUGGACCUGAAAACAAAUCAAUGGGAACAAUUAAAUUUAAAAGGUUGUCCCAGUCCACGCUCUGGUCAUCGGAUGGUCUUAUACAAGCACAAAAUUAUUGUUUUUGGUGGCUUCUAUGACACUUUAAGAGAAGUGAGAUACUAUAACGAUAUGUAUGUAUUUGAUCUGGACCAGUACAAGUGGCAAGAAGUAAAGCCCAGUCCUGGUGCAAUGUGGCCUAGUCCUCGAAGUGGUUUUCAAUUUUUUGUUCACCAAGAUGAGGUUUUCUUGUAUGGUGGCUAUUUUAAAGAAAUUCAAUCUGAUAAGGGCACUUCUGAAAGAGGAGUUGUGCAUGCAGACAUGUGGUCCCUUGAUCCGAGGACUUGGCAAUGGAACAAGGUAAAAAAAGGUGGGAUGCCACCUGGGCCUCGUGCAGGGUUCUCCAUGUGUGUUCAUAAGAGGCGGGCCUUGCUAUUUGGGGGAGUGGUGGACAUGGAAGUUGAAGGCGGUGAUGCAAUGAUGAGUCUAUUCUUGAAUGAACUCUAUGCAUUUCAAAUAGACAACCAUCGAUGGUAUCCUCUAGAGUUACGGAAGGAGAAGUCGAUAAAGGCAAAGAUUAAAAAAAAUUCUGACCAAAAGGACAAUGAGGCUGCGUUGGAUGAUAAUAUAAAUGAGGAGGUCAUUGACGUUGGCAAAACUGAAGCUCCAGUCGUGGAUGAAUCAUGCAGCAUGGAAACUGACAUUGAUGAAAUAUUUCAUCACAUAUCUUCAUCUGUGUCUAUUAACAAUGGUGGAUUGGAAAUAAGUUCUGGCAAAAAACAACAAGAAUCUAGUUCAAACAAAAAUGCUGUUUUGCCCGAGGUGAUUAAGCCCUGUGGACGUAUUAACUCCUGCGUGGUAGUUGGAAGAGAUACAUUGUACAUAUAUGGUGGUAUGAUGGAGAUUAAAGAUCGAGAGAUCACCCUUGAUGACUUGUAUGCUCUCAAUCUCAGUAAACUUGAUGAAUGGAAGUGCAUUAUACCGGCCACGGAAUCUGAAUGGGUAGAAGCCUCAGAGGAUGAAGAUGGGGAAGAUGAUGAAGAUGACAGUGAGAAUGAUGAUAAUUCUGAAGGAAGCAAUGAAAGUGAUGGGGAUAGUGAUGAGGAGGAUUUUGAGGCUGGGAAUGACGGGUCGCAAAAAGUAGGAGAUGCUGUAGCUUUAAUCAAGGGUGAGGGCAGGAAUCUUCGUAGGAAGGAGAAGCGGGCAAGGAUUGAACAAAUCAGAGCUAACCUUGGGCUUUCAGAUUCACAAAGAACUCCUAUGCCUGGAGAAUCUCUAAGGGAGUUCUAUAAACGUACAAAUCUUUACUGGCAAAUGGCGGCACAUGAGCAUACGCAACAUACUGGAAAGGAACUUCGGAAAGAUGGUUUCGAUCUUGCCGAAUCUCGUUACAGGGAGCUUAAACCCAUCCUUGAUGAGCUUGCCAUAUUGGAGGCAGAGCAGAAAGCAGAAGAGGCAGAAGCUCCUGAAACUAGUUCAAGAAAAAGAGGCAAGAAGAAAAAUAAGUAAAAUAGGUUGUUAUAUUAUUAUUAUUAUUAUUAUUAUUAUUAUUAUUAUUAUUAUUAUUUAAUUUUGCAAAGUAUUAAAAGUUCUGUUACCUUAGGGACAAUCAUUAAUCUUAUAAUUAUGUAACUGCAAUUUGCAAACGAUGAGUGUGUAGAUAAAGGGGGAGAAAUUUUGUUAGUUAAUGACGAUCACAAUGCUUAUUUAUUAUUGAGUCGAAUUCUUUUUCUUUCA